AUGAAUCAUCUCUCGGCCGAACAAGUCAUAAAGCAUCUUAACCUUUCCCCUCACCCGGAGAAGGGAUAUUUCAUCGAAAAGUUCAGGGACCGCGGCUCCAAGUCACCCGACGAUCGCGCUCCCAGUACGGCCAUCUACUACCUCCUCGAGGGUUCUGUUGGCUACGGCGAGUGGCACCGAGUUGACGCGGCGGAAGUAUGGCACUAUUAUGCCGGAGCACCCUUGAGGAACACCAGGUGGCGGUUGAGAAGGGGUGUGGCAGCGAGCCAAAAGCCUCGGCGACUGGACUUUGACGGGAACGACUGUCGCUCCGGGGUUUGUCGAGAGUGGGGCACAACUGGCCUCAGAAGAGGAGAUCGAGGCGAUGUGGCAGAGCCGGAAGCGAAGUGA